UAUUGGAGUGCGCAAACGGAGGAGGAGGAGGAGGAAGAAAGAUGGACAGGGAGGAGGUGAGAAGCAGAGGAUGGGUGUUAAAGGCCUACGCCCCACGCGGCAACCUCACCUCCGAACACCUUGAGCUGCGCGAGACCAUCCUCGACGUCGGCUCUCUACCGGAAAACCACGUCGCCGUGAAGGCCCUCUGGAUCUCCGUCGAGCCCUACCUCCGGGCCAAGAUGUACGGCCGCGACGUCGGUCUCUGCGCUACACAGUGCCCCUUAAACCAGGUUGUGAAGUGGUAUGGUAUAGGGGAGGUGCUGAGAUCCAAUUCCCCAAUCUACGGGAACGGAGACAUAGUGCUGAACCCUUUCCUUUCGUUGUCGGAAUAUUCCGUGGCUCCGGCGGAGAUUAUACAUAAAGUGGAUUCGGAUGCCGGAAUUCCGCUUCACGAGUACCUCGGCACACUUGGGAUCGCUGGUUUCUCAGCAUGGGUGGGGGUGAAUGAGGUUGGACAAGUGAAAGCUGGUGAAAACGUAUUUAUUUCGGCGGCAGCUGGAGGGGUUGGUAUUAUUGCUGGUCAGUUGGCCAAGAUCAAAGGUUGCCGGGUCAUCGGCAGUGCUGGGACAGAUGAGAAGGUCAAGCUUCUGAAGGAAGAACUUGGAUAUGACGAUGCAUUCAACUACAAAAAGGAAAAGGACUUUGAUGCAGCCUUAAGCAAAUAUUUUCCAGAUGGUAUCGAUGUAUACUUGGACAAUGUAGGGGGGAAGAUGCUUGAAGCUGUACUAAACCACAUAAAUAAUGGAGCUCGCAUACCCAUCUCUGGGAUGGUCUCCCAAUAUACACAGGUGUGGACAGAGCGGGAUGGUGUGCGAAAUUUAUUAAAUUUGGUUGGCAAGGAGGCGAAGAUGCAAGGCUUCUUGAUUAGGUCUUAUCUCCAUCUCCUGCCAGUUUUUACGGCCGAAAUGAUUGGCUAUAUGAAGCAAGGAAAACUGAAGACUAAACACAAAAUAUAUGAGGGAAUUGAAUACCUCUUAGAGAGCCUGAAUGCCAUUUUUUCUGGUAUUAAUACUGGGAAAGUAGCUAUCAAGGUCCUCUGAAAUGAUUUCUUUCUUUUAUGUGUUUGCACUUACAGCGCUUCCAAGAACAUAACUACAAAUAAGAUCUUAAACAUGGUCAAAGUGCUCUCCAUGUUCAUGAUCACAUAUUGUGGGGCAGGGAAGGCGGGAAUUAUGUUUGUACUUGUGAUCUGGAAAAGGAGCAGUACAAGGAAAAUUAUUUUAUGGUCCUGGGUGUAUGGAACUACUAAAGUGGAUAUCAUAGGUGCAGCUUUGUGUACCCAAUGGAUUUGUUCAUCUGUUUUACUUUGUAUCAA